AUGACUGAAAAACGCACAAUUCUAUUGUUAGGAAGAACUGGAAACGGAAAAUCCACAAUCGCGAAUGUAAUAAGUAAUACUAAUCAAUUUGCCGAAAGUGAGUAUGGAGUUAGUGGAACUAAAUGUGUCCAAGAGAUGAAAUCUUGGGUGAGAGAAGAAAGCAUUGAAUUUCAUAUAAUAGACACAAUCGGAAUUGGCGAUACUAAAUUUAAUGAAAAUGAAGUCUUAUUUAUGUUGGCAGAUGCAAUCAACGCUAUUAAAAAUGGCUUAAAUCAGAUAUUUUUUGUUACUAGCGGAAAGUUCACUGAAGAAGAAGCGAAAGCCUAUAACAUAAUUCAAACAAUUUUCUUUGCCGAUGAUAUUAGUAAAUAUACAACAAUUAUCCGAACUAAUUUCCCAAGUUUUCGUAGAGCCGAAAAAUGUAAAAGUGAUAGAGAGAAAAUGAUUGCUGAAAAUGAAGAAGUAGCCGAUAUAAUUCUUUCUUGUAAAAAACUUAUUCAUGUUAACAACAUGAAUGAGGAGGAAGAUCCCGAUUUAAGGUCAAGAAAAGAAUGUCGCGACAUAUUAAGAGCUCAUUUAAAGUUUAAUUGCAGUGAAAUUUAUCGUCCAAGAAAUCUUGAUGAAAUAAAUGAGAGAAUUAGUAUCUACCUGACUGACAAAGAAAGAAUUCAAAAAGAAAUGGAUGAAAUUAGCGUGCUGCUAAUACAAUCACAAGAAAGAGCCAUAAAUGUUGAAGAAGCAGCGCGCGAAAGAGAAAAAAGACUACAACAAGAAUUUGAAGAAACUCUGAAUAAUUUAUCUUGUCAACAUUUAGUGAAAGAAGAUAGUAUAACUAUCACAAUAACUGAACAAAUGAAUACUAUAAUAAAUGAUGUGGGAAAAGUACACGGCGCAACAAUCAACGAAUUAAAAGGUACGAUAGAAAAUUUAAAUAUUCAGAUGAAUUCAGAAAGAGCUCAACAUCAAAAUGCUAUGAGCGAGUUGAGAGAUUUUUACCGUAAAAUGGGG